GAAGCCGGGCGCCGUCGCUCAGGUGGUGAUGCGGUAACGUACCCGUGCGUGACGCUGCCGCCCCUUUGUUGGCUCAGUGACGGGCGCUGCGCUGUUUCUCCCCUAUACCGGAACCGGGGGAGGGGGGGUCGUCCGGGAGCUGAAGACCAAGAACCCUUGGAGCAGUGUAGCGUGUGCGUGAGGAGGAGGAGCGGUCAACUUGACCCACGGGGGCGCGCAUUUACCGGAUCGUGAGCGCGCAUAGGGGAGGGGCGGUGACUUAGUGCCCAGAGGCCUGUCUGUCUCUUAGAAACGGAGGGUCCUGUUUAUUGGAGGAGGUCUUGGUAGUGGCUUCCCGUACUUCUUCUGUUCAGAAGAGCUGAGACACACACACACACAUUAUACAAGAUAUAGGUUUACAAUAUAACAGUAGUGAUCUAGACACAGUUUAUACACAUAUAUUGCCCCCAAAGGCCAGGGCCAGUUUGUAUAACACUAUAGUAUCUGUCUUACGUAGUGAAUAUUAAGGCAGUAGGACGGUAGCCUAUGUACAAGGCCUGGGCUUGAUUUUAAGCUCUGUUUAGAAACAGAGACCAAUAGAAUUAUUUAUAGGAAAGGUCUUCGUAAACAGACUUGUGCAUAUGGUUGGGAAAGUGUUUCUGAAUACUCUAAAAUAUACCUUUUUUUCCCUAUAAAAAGGUUCCAUGUCUAUAUUUAAAAGAUAAAAAUAAGCCUCUUUCCAUAUAAUUAUAGAUAGGUAGUUUUCAUUUUUUUAGUGAGCAGUUCAUAUGGUAGUCCCUUAUUUUUGUAUCAUCUGCUUAUAUAAAUAAGGAUAAACGGGAGAAAAGUGUGAACAAUUACAUUUAUUCACAAACAGUUUUGUGCAUUGAGUAGGCAAAAGUCUUGAGCCUCAGCACACAAAAAUCCUUUAAGGUUACCAUUUAUUGUAAAACAUUGUAGACACUACAUGUAUGAUUGUCAUAUCAGAUUUUUUCAUAAGGCAUUUUUCUUUUGCUUAUACAGAUGAAUUCAGGCUCAAACACAGGCAUACAAAACCCAACUAAAGUCUUAGCAUUUGGAAGGUGGUUUUACAUUGCCAGAAGUCUAUAGACCAUUAUACAUUCAUUUCAUAUAGUAUUACUGAAUUCCAGUCCAAGUUACAAAGUGGGGGAGUAAAGAGAAAAAUUGGAAACCCUCAUGAGAAGAGGGGACAAGCCUUUGCUACCAACAAAUCCUAGCAGUGGCAACGGUUUAUUGAGACUGAGUGAGACACUCCCCUUUAUACUUCAAAGUUUUGAAUGACAUAUUUUUCUCCUGUUGAGAAUUCUACUUCCAAACUUCAUAUCAAUAUACAAUUUUUCUUAAACUGUCAUUUGGGGAAGCCCCUUCUAAAUCAGGAACCUCUAAGUGGCCUUUUUUGCCAGCUCAACAUGGACUCAGACGAAGGAUACAACUAUGAAUUUGAUGACGAAGAGGAGUGCAGUGAGGACAGUGGAGCUGAUGAACAUGAAGAUGAGCUGGAUCUUGGAGAGGUGGAACUGGUGGAAGCUGGGCUUAGUGGAUCAGAGAGAGCUGGGCUAUGUGGAGAUGGUGGUGGAAGUGCCCUUGGGCCAGGUCCAGGCGAGGAGGAUGAGGAUUAUCGAUACGAAGUUCUCACUGCUGAGCAGAUCCUCCAGCACAUGGUGGAGUGUAUUCGUGAAGUCAACGAAGUCAUACAGAAUCCUGCUACUAUAACUAGAAUACUUCUGAGUCAUUUCAACUGGGACAAAGAGAAACUGAUGGAGAGGUAUUUUGAUGGUAACCUUGAAAAGCUCUUCUCAGAAUGUCAUGUUAUUAACCCCAGUAAGAAGUCACGGACACGCCAGAUGAAUACUCGAUCAUCUGCACAGGACAUGUCCUGCCAGAUCUGCUAUUUGAACUAUCCUAAUGCAUAUUUCACAGGCCUUGAAUGUGGUCACAAGUUCUGCAUGCAGUGCUGGGGCGAGUAUUUGACCACUAAAAUCAUAGAGGAAGGAAUGGGACAGACAAUCUCGUGCCCUGCUCAUGGUUGUGACAUCUUAGUUGAUGACAACACAGUAAUGCGCUUGAUAACUGAUUCAAAAGUGAAAUUAAAGUAUCAACAUUUAAUUACUAAUAGCUUUGUAGAGUGUAACAGACUUUUGAAGUGGUGUCCUGCUCCAGAUUGCCACCAUGUGGUAAAGGUUCAGUAUCCUGACGCCAAACCUGUGCGCUGCAAGUGUGGACGACAGUUCUGCUUCAACUGUGGAGAAAAUUGGCAUGACCCAAUAAAGUGUAAGUGGUUAAGGAAAUGGAUUAAGAAAUGUGACGAUGACAGCGAAACGUCAAAUUGGAUUGCAGCCAAUACCAAGGAGUGCCCAAAAUGUCAUGUGACCAUAGAGAAGGAUGGUGGCUGCAACCACAUGGUAUGCCGGAACCAGAACUGCAAAGCAGAGUUCUGCUGGGUGUGCCUGGGCCCAUGGGAGCCUCAUGGCUCUGCCUGGUAUAAUUGUAACCGCUACAAUGAGGAUGAUGCGAAGGCUGCUCGAGAUGCUCAAGAGCGAUCCAGAGCAGCAUUACAAAGAUAUCUUUUCUACUGUAACCGUUACAUGAAUCACAUGCAAAGCCUGCGAUUUGAGCACAAGUUAUAUGCUCAAGUAAAGCAGAAGAUGGAAGAGAUGCAGCAACACAACAUGUCAUGGAUUGAAGUUCAGUUCCUAAAAAAGGCAGUUGAUGUGCUGUGCCAGUGUCGCUCCACACUAAUGUACACAUAUGUGUUUGCCUUCUACCUCAAGAAGAACAACCAGUCUAUUAUAUUUGAGAAUAAUCAAGCAGAUUUAGAAAAUGCAACAGAGGUUCUAUCUGGAUAUUUGGAGAGAGACAUUUCCCAGGACUCACUGCAAGACAUAAAACAGAAAGUGCAAGACAAAUACAGAUACUGCGAGAGCAGGAGGCGAGUAUUGCUGCUUCAUGUGCACGAAGGUUAUGAAAAGGACUUGUGGGAAUAUAUUGAGGACUGAUUUCCACUAUAAAGACCAACUUCUGUUGCCACCUGACACUAGAAUUCAACCUACCAUUAAAUGCAGUUCUGCCCCCUGAGGCUGACCCCAUGCACAUUCAGCCGUCUCUUCCCUUUUUCUCUCGCUCUCAUCUCUUUUGCUCCUGCCAGGCCUUUGGUUGGUUUAUUUUAUUUUUGUUAAUGGAAAGUCUAAGUAAAUUAUAUUGUAAUAAAAAAAGGGAAGCAGCUA